AUGUCUGCGCUAUCCUCCCCUCGCCCUUCAAUCGCAUCAUCCCGAGCUCACUCCCCAACACCCGCCUCCUCACGGCGCCCGUCCCUCGACGCCCUGAAUACCUCCAUCAAUGGUAGCCUCAGCGCAGCAUCCACGCCCUCAACAGCUCGAGCUGUUUCUCCCUCCCUACACCCGCGACGUAACCGCGCCGCACUCCGAGAUUACUAUAAUCUUAAGCCCUCCGAAGCACAAAAUGCCCGCUCGCGGAGCGUUCCCCGACACACCGACGCCGGCGACAUUUCGAGCCCCUCUGUCGUGGUCGCCGGGACGGAACUCGACAGCCCGGACUUCGAUCCCCAGCGCUACGUCAACAACCUCCUUGCUACGUCGUCACUAUCGACCAUUUUAAAGGCGGAGAAUACGCUUGUUGGCGAUAUCCGUACGCUUGAUGGCGAGCGCAAGGCGUUGGUGUAUGAUAACUACUCGAAGCUGAUUCGGGCGGUGGAGACGAUUGGGAAGAUGCGGCAGAGUAUGGAUGAGCGUGGCACACCAUUGACGAUGACGAAGACGCUGGGGCCGGCUAUUUCAUUUGUGGCGGAGACUGCAUCGGGAUUAAUCCACAAUGGCGAAGAGAUAAGAGGGAGGAUGAAGGACGGUGGUGAGCCGGGUGCGGAUCAGGAUAAGAAGGCGGAAAAGGAAACUGUUCGGUGGGUUCUUGAGGCCCCGCGAAGGUUGGACAGGCUUGUCGCAGAUGGGAAUAGGGAGGGGGCCGAGAAAGACUGGGAUGAGGUGCGCAAGUUGCUUGAGAAAUGGGAGGGGGUUAAGGGUGUGGCUGAGGUUCGUGACGCCUGUGAGAAGGCCAUGGAGAAGGACGAUGAAAGCGCUUGA